CUUUGCUGAAAAAAUUAAAGCCGGCUAAAUUUCAAGACUUAUGCUUUUUCACAAGGAAGCUUACAUGGAAUGCAUAGUAUGAUGACAAAAGUUUGAUGAGCAUCCGCAGUGACCCAGACCUUAUACAUAAACAUUGUUCUAUUGUUGUGUGUGUAGUUAAAAGCUUGGAAGACAGAACAAAACCACUCAUUGACAAGUUCAGGACUUGAAAAGAAAAGGCUGAAAAUCAGUCUUAUCUUUACAGAUAACCAUAAGAAACAAGAGCAAUGAGCUGGGGAUCAUUUUUUGAUCAGUCUGGGUCGUACGCUGCCCAGACUGAUUCUUCUCAAUCUGGCGGAUACUCGAGUUUUGAAGACAACACCUACUACGAUGACUCACAAGGGGGCACACCGUCCCUUCUCCAAACUAGUGGAUACAAAGCCGAAAGCAACUAUGGGCAGGUGAAGAGGGCAAUGCCUGCAGAUGAUGGCUAUGGGUUUAAACGAACCAAAGCUGAUUCAUAUGCAAGUGGAGGUUUUGAUGAGGGCCCCACUUCAUGGGACAUGAUGAAGGAACCUGAACCGGAACCAGUCAGUAUGUCAUGGGAAAAUAUGUCUGAACUGACAUCUUGGGAUCAACUGUCUGCUGGAAAGCCAUCCGGAGGAGCGGGUGCUGGUGGAAGAGGCGGAGCAGGAAGAGGAGCUAGGGGUAGGGGUGGUGGUGGUAGAGGUGCAGGAGGUAGGGGAGGUACAGGAGGAGGUGGCAGUGGACAGUUUGGGGGAGGGGGAGGGGCUAAAAGUCAAGCAGGCAGUGGAUAUGGUGGAGGUUAUGGAAAAGGUGGUGGGGCCGGAGGAGGUGGUGGAAGAGGUGGGGGAUAUGGCGGUGGAAGGGGUGGAGGUGGAAACAACAGAGGGACUGGUGGCGGUGGUGGUUAUGGUGGAGGCAACAGAGGUAGUGGCGGUGGUUAUGGUGGAAGUAGCAGAGGUGGUGGAAGAGGAGGUGGCGGAGGCUACAGAGGAGGUGGCAGUGGUGGUGGAUGGGUAGAUAGAUCUCACCUGUCUCUUGUAGAGAAGUUUGAAAAGUUUUCCGCAUUCCUACGGGGUGAUACUGCAAGAGUAAAUUCCAUUCAGUCAAUAGAAAAUGCCUGUAUGUGCACUGGAAUGAAUCUGAGAUGUGAAUACUCCUGUGAGGAACUACCCAGAAUUUAUAAUAGGUUGCUGUUUACUGGUCGACUGAGCAUUAGUGGUAUUUUCUUGACACGCACUGUUGGAAUGAACAAAAAAGAUAUGAAACAUGAAGUCUAUAACAAAGCACACGAGGUGCUGACCACAAAAACCGUGGCUGAUAUCAAUGACUUAAAGGACCCAGGAGUUGAGACUGUCAGAACUUGCAUAGAACGCUUGUUGAAGAAAAGUGGUCCAGGACAGUACCAGGAGGGAAUGGGAGUACCAAUGAAUCAGGCUGUUGGUGAUAUUGUUAAUGAAAUCAAAAGCAAUCUAGAUGCUGUACGUGGGCUACAGACAGGACUUGGAAAGUUGAUAGCAUAUCUGAAGGGCCCAACGAAGAUGCCAGAUAAUCCUAUAUCCAAGAUUGAGCAGGCAAUGAUGGCCUCUCAUUGUGGUAUUCGUCACAUCUUUCAGAUUGAGACACGAGAGGAGGGAGGGAAACCAAUGUUCGAUGGAGAAUUUAUACUCGAGGAUACAUGUAUUGCAAGGGCCAGUGACAGUAAUAAGAAAACUUGCAAGACUAACACGUACAUUGCGGCAUUUGAGGCUCUGAUGAUGAAGCCGAUAGCUGAGAUUCUGAUUCCUGUAACAAAGGAGGAAGAACUUAAGGAAGAUGAUCAUGUUCAGAAUGAGGCAAUAGUAGCAGGUGUCGGACAGGUGGAUGGGGAAGGGCCACCACCAGUUGUAAAACCCUCCCUUAGAGAGGCCUCGCUUCCAGAGAGAUUGCGAAACCUCAACAGUGUUCUGUCUGCAAGUGCAUUCUCAGACCACAAUAUUUCUAUACUAGACAACUGUAUUCACAAUAGUGGACUGACAGGGAUGUGUAUUUAUAGGCGCACUGAUGUAGCUUCUGAUGAUUGUGCAUCUUGUGAGUUCUACAUUGAGAACUACCUGAUUGCAAUUGGUCAUGGAUCUACAAAGAGUGACUGUACAAAUGAAGUAUAUGAUAUAGCCUGGGACAUUAUUACAACCAGUUCCCCAGAGGACAUCAUGCAGAACUGUAGAAAAAUUGAAGCAAAAGAAACAACAGGUCCGACUGUACUUGAUGUUGUUGUGAAAGGAGAGAAAGGAUCAAACAGGGAGUCAAACAUCGCUCAGUUACGUCGCCAUGGUUACGAUCCGGAUGAUACAUCACGCACCAUUGGUGAUCUCAUCAUUGUUGAAGCUGGUACCUGGCAUGAGGAUAGACGGACAUUUGCCUUCGCUAUUCUACAGAACUCCGCACUACAUAAUGGCAUGCAGCUACAAUGGUGCUUCACUCCAAUUAAACCUCAUGGACGUACUAAUUACAAGCAUGAACAUAGACCACUAGCAAAGUUCAGAUGUCAAAUGUUUUUGCAAGGACAGCAAGUGAGCGAACAUACAGGACAUGGUAAAAACAAGACAAGGAACUUUGCUGCAGUUGAUAUCCUGUUUCAUCUGUACGAAAAAAAUGAUGUUGUCAGGAUAAUGAAACUUACUGAUGAGAAACGUUGGAUUCCAUACACCACUAUUCAGCAGGAGGCAAUGUCACUUAGAAAAGCAGCCAAGGAUUCUAUGCCGACUCCCCCGAAAGAUAUUCUCGAUCGAAGACCAGCAGACAAGCAUAUUGUCAAUGCCAUUAGAAACAGGAUUGACAAGUUUUUCCCGCGUAAUGAUGCUGAGGAACUUCUCAUUGGACCAGGGAUACCAGAUGCGGAAAGGGGAGAAAUACGUGCGUACGUACAAUCUCUAGGUCUCAGAAUGGAUCAGCGCCAGAGAGACGGCAAUACAUACUUCGUCAUCUAUAGUAAACAGGAUAUGAGGAAUGUUGUUGCAGCCCUGAAAAGAAUGGGUGGGAAUCAGAUGUAUGGGAAAUAUAAACUGAUACCAAGGUCUGAAUGUCCUAAACAUAGUGAUGUGCUGAAGUCGACAAAUAUUGAACUCGAAGUGAAGUUCAUAGCGCUGUCAGAUGUAGUGAAUAUGAACAUAGUAAGUCACUGAAAGUUACUGAGAUAACUACAGAAACAGAAAUUAUUACAUUCUUAUAUAAAAAUGUAAUAGAUAAUUGUAAAAAAAAAUCAAAAUCAUGCAUUUGGGAAAAAAAAGUCAUACAUCUAGAAUAGUAUUCCAUUAACACUAAUUGUAAUGAAGUGAUACUUUUUAAUAGGUUAAAUAGGAAAAUAAGGAUUUUGAAGAGGUAGUACUUGUAAAAGUGUGAUGUUAUUUCCAAAUUGAGGCUGUAUACUAUAUAUUUGUUAUAAUCCGUAGAUUAUGUGAUUAAAAACAGAAAUUGUAAUACAAGUUUUAAAUUUUUAAGUGUUUUAUCGCAGUUCAUUGUUGUAUAUUCAUUAUAUCAUUCAUUAGCUUUAGACGUAUAAUUAAAAGCUAUUGUUAGUAAUUGCUGGUGCCAUAAAAAACUAACCUUGAGAAUAUAUUGAAAUGUUGUUUUAUGUUGCUAAAGAGUAUUGAAGAAUGGAUAUUGCUUAAACAAAUUAUAGGAAGUCAAUUGGUGUGUAGUAAGAUGAGUGACGAUGAAAGCUGUGUGCAUGAUAAUAUAGUGACCACUGGGGGUAUAUAAUGUUUAUUUUCAUUGAAUUAUGGAAAUAUUAGAGCGAAAAUUUGUUUGUUUUACUUAAUAUUAAGAUCAAAAUAUCUUCCACUCAUGAACACCAUGACAUACAUCUUCACUCGUGGUUAUAAUGCCACUUGUGAAGAUAUUGCAUCUUGUAUUCACUUGUGAAAGAUAUUUCAAUAUUACACUGAAACAAACAAAAUAUUCUUUAUAUCUACACAAUUUAGGGCUGUUACAAUGUUCAGUGUAACUGUGUAAUGAAAAUGUUAGAUUUUUUUUAAAAAGUGAUUUAUGUGAAGUAAUUUUGUGCCGAUGAAUUGCUUAUUUUAUUUGACUUUGUGGGGGGUAAAAUGCACCAAACUGCUUUACUUAUUUAUUGGAGUCGGCACUUCACAUGAAUUUAAAAACAUUGAAAACUAUGUUAACAAUGUAACAGUAACUUGGAUUUUAUGUAAUGGUAAUGUGUUAAUGUUGUCGGUGGUAAUGCUUUUGUAUAGUGGAAAUAAAAUUUGAAAUGUU